AAAAAGCCCAACCCAUUCUUUUAUAAAUAGUUUGUUGCUGGACGGUCAACGUGAAAAAUUCCACCCAACGCGAUCAAAAUUUGUUCUAUACGAAGUGAUCCAUAAAAAUUAAACAAGAAGGUUGGCGGUAAACAUUUUUUCUUAAACCUUCUAGAACUUAUCAUUAUCUCCAGGAGCAGGAAAAUCGCUUAACUAUAUAACCGCUAUUCAAAUACUGUAGAGGGUUGAUGGCUGAUCCGGAUCUGAAAUCAAUACCAACGAAAACCCUGAAGAAGGUUGUGCGGGAGUGCACACUUAGCGCUUUGAUAUCUUCAGAUGAAGGUCAAAUCUUUUUCAAGUCAUACUUGAACCAACAUCCUGAAUUCAACAAGUAUUGGACAUUCUACAACUCUGUGGAUGAAAUAGUUUCAAACCCAGAUAAUCAACAGCAUCGAUUGGUUGCCAUAAGUGAGUGUUUUGAAAAGCAUAUUGCCAUAGGAGCUGAUUCUGAAGAUAGGGUUGAUGGCUGCCUGAGCAACAGGGCUUUUGUUGAAAACCUAUCAAAAGCCAUUAAGGAUAACGAUAGUGAGAACAUUCACACAACUUUCAAAGGGAUACAACAAUCUGCUUUUGAGUAUCUCAACCAACAAGCUUUCCUUCCCCUAAUACCACAGCUUAAAUUAGAAUAUUCAUCUCGAAAAAAAAGCUGUGAUCUGAGUUAAACCAUGUUGACAAUUUUCUGGGAAGAUACAUCCGUUUAUUACUUCAUCUCUACCGUCUUUGCCAUUAUCUGUUUAACACUGACAUGUCUUUGGAAUGGGAAAAAUAUCAUCCCCUGUUCACCUCCAACUGCAGAGGAGCAAAAAAUUGAUGAAAUUCAAUUUCUGAGCUCAAGAAAACCUCUACAAUUGGCCAAACAAUUGGAAGAAAAACUUCCUGAAGAAGUAAAACUCUUGGAAAAACAGGUUGAAAGUGAACAAAUGGAAGCUAUCUACAAGCUGAUGCAAAAGCAUAGUGCCCAGUUUGGAGAUACCACUAUGGACGACAUGAAAAAUCAAAUGCAGCUAUAUGGUUUCUAAGUUCGUUAAAAACAUUAAGCUCUAUAUCUGGCAUCUGCAAACAUGUUGGCCUUCAUUUUUGUUUUAUUUUCGCAAAUUGCACUUCAGAAUCGCUGCAAACUAGCCAUUGUAUCUGCUCCAACUCCUACUGUUUCGCAAUUCUUCAAAUCAGUCGAAACGCUUGUUGUGUUUCAUCCGACUUCCUAAAUCUAUUGCAAUAUUAAAGUAUGUUAUCCGAAAUGAA